AUGUGGGCUAUGAACAAACUGAAGAUUGAUUGGAAUAAAGUGGCGGACCAAAGACUAAAUGGGUUGAAUGGUCUUGAUGAGCUUCGCCUCAAAGCCUAUGAAAGUUCAUCCAUCUACAAAGAGAAGAUGUUGAAGAAGUAUCACGACCAAAGGAUUGAAAAGCCAGAAUUUGCGAUUGGUGAUUUCGUUCUUCUAUUCAAUUCUAGGCUACGCUUCUUUCCAGACAAACUCAAGUCCAAGAGGGCAGGGCCAUUCCUCGUCACUAAAGUGUUCUCACAUGGAACAGUUGAGUUGGAGAAUAAGGAGGGUGCAAAGUUCACAGUCAAUGGGCAAAGGAUUAAAAUCUAUUUGGGGCAUGCGGAGAAUGUCCAUGAAAUGGUUGAGGCCUAUCACCUUGAUGAAGUCUGA